GAUGGUACACCAUGGAUGAUUUUGCUCUGGGAGAUUUCACUGUAGCAGAUUAUGCCUUGUUUGAGGAUGGCUGUUCCAUGGACGAUUGCGUUUUGGCUCCUGAAUUUACACCCAGUGAUUAUGUUCGUGUGACUCAACUUUACUGUGAUGGGGUGGGUAUGCAGUAUAAAGAUUACAUACAAAGUGAGAGAAACUUAGAAUUUGACAUCUGCAAUAUGUGGUGCAGUAAGCCAAUAACUGUUUUACAAGAUUACUGUGAUGCAAUUAAAAUAUACAUCUUCUGGCCACUUCUGUUUCAACAUCAACAUAGUUCUAUAAUAUCUCGGUUGCACCCCUGUGUGGAGGCCAGCAAUCAUGCUUCUGACAUAAGUUUGAAGAAAUUACAACAUCUUGAGUUGAUGGAAGACAUUGUGGAUUUGGCAAAGAAAGUUGUGAAUGAUCCAUUCUUUAUUGGAGGCUUAUUGAGAAUUGGUUAUAAAAUAGAAAAUAAAAUUUUAGCAAUGGAAGAAGCCUUGAAUUGGGUGAAAUACACAGGCGAUGUAACAAUUCUACCUAAAUUAGGAGCGGUUGACAAUUGUUGGCCUAUGUUGAGUAUUUUCUUCACAGAAUACAAGUAUCACAUAACUAAAGUUGUAACAGAAAACUGCAAUUUGCUUGAAGAAUUUAAAACUCAAAAUUGUGCGGAAUGUAUAGAGCAAGGAGAACUAAUGAAAAUGAAAGGAAAUGAAGAAUUUUCCAGAGAAAGAUUUGAUAUAGCAAUUAUCUAUUACACCAGAGCCAUUGAAUAUAGACCUGAAAAUCACCUUCUUUAUGGUAAUCGAGCUCUUUGUUUUCUUCGCACUGGACAGUUUAGAAAUGCACUUGGUGAUGGAAAGAGAGCCACUAUUCUGAAGAGCAAUUGGACAAAGGGUCAUUAUCGUUAUUGUGAUGCUCUUUCUAUGCUGGGGGAAUAUGACUGGGCCCUGCAAGCAAACAUAAAAGCUCAAAAACUCUGUAAAAAUGACCCUGAGGGAAUCAAGGAUCUAAUUCAGCAGCAUGUAAAGUUACAAAAACACAUAGAAGACCUGCAAGGUCGAACACCAACUAGGAAUCCAAUUAAAGCCUUUUAUGAAAGCAGGGCCUACAUACCUAAUUUAGCAGCACCUGCUUUUAGUACUUCACUUAACUUUGUGGAGACUGAAAAAGAUUCCAGAAAAACUAACCACGAAAUGGCAAACGGUGGUAAUCAGAAUCAAAAGGUGAUAAAUGAAGCUUUGAAGGUGGAUGAUUGUGACUGUCAUCCUGAACUUCUACCACCAACAGCUCCGCCUCCAAAAUACAAAGGAAAACAAAAAUCCAGAAACAAUGAGUUGGAUAAGUUCAGUUCUAAUUCACAAGUGAGUUUACCAGUUGAUUUGAAAAACAUCUUGGAAAAACAGUUUUCUAAAUCUUCCAGAGCUGCACACCAGGAUUUUGCUAAUAUAAUGAAAAUGCUGAGAAGCUUGAUCCAGGAUGGUUACACGGCUCUGCUAGACCAGCGCUGCCGCAGUGCUGCACAGGCCUUCACAGAGUUGCUCAGUGGCUUAGAUCCUCAAAAAAUAAAGCAAUUGAACCUCGCCAUGAUUAACUAUGUCUUGGUAGUCUACGGACUUGCCAUUUCUCUCCUUGGAAUCGGACAGCCUGAGGAAUUAUCUGAAGCUGAAAACCAAUUUAAAAGGAUGAUUGAACACUACCCAAAUGAGGGACUUGAUUGCUUGGCCUACUGUGGAAUUGGAAAAGUAUAUUUGAAAAAAAACAGAUUUCUGGAGGCUCUUAAUCACUUUGAGAAAGCAAGAACCUUGAUCUGCCGACUUCCUGGAGUGUUGACCUGGCCCACAAGUAAUGUGAUUAUUGAGGAGACUCAGCCAGGGAAAAUAAAGAUGCUUUUGGAAAAAUUUAUUGAAGAAUGCAAGUUCCCUCCAGUGCCAGAUGCCAUCUGUUGCUACCAGAAAUGCCGUGGCUAUUCCAAAAUCCAGAUAUACAUCACUGAUCCAGACUUUAAGGGUUUUAUACGAAUUAGCUGUUGUCAGUACUGUAAAAUAGAAUUUCACAUGAACUGUUGGAAGAAGUUAAAGACAACAACCUUUAAUGAUAAAAUUGACAAGGAUUUUCUACAAGGAAUUUGUCUUACCCCUGACUGUGAAGGAAUCAUUUCUAAGAUUAUCAUCUUCAGCAGUGGUGGUCAAGUUAAAUGCGAAUUUGAACACAAGGUCAUAAAAGAAAAGGUUCCUCCAAGACCUAUUCUGAAACAGAAAUGUUCUAGCCUAGAGAAGUUAAGACUGAAAGAAGACAAAAAAUUGAAGCGAAAGAUUCAAAAAAAGGAAGCAAAAAAAUUAGCACAAGAAAGAAUGGAAGAGGACUUAAGGGAGAGUAAUCCUCCCAAAACUGAGGAACAGAAAGAAAUUGUAGACAGUGUUCAGAGGUGCCAGUUCCUUGACGACAGAAUUCUGCAGUGCAUAAAGCAGUAUGCUGACAAGAUUAAAUCUGGUGUACUGAAUACUUCCCAGCUCCUCAGAGAGCUGCUUUCUUGGAAGGUCUUAAGCACCGAAGACUACACUACAUGUUUUUCUAGCAGAAAUUUUCUAAAUGAAGCAGUGGACUACGUCAUCUGUCACUUGAUUCAAGAAAAGAAUAGAGUAAAGACAAGAAUAUUUCUGCAUGUUCUGAGUGAACUUAAAGAAGUAGAGCCAAAAUUGGCCACCUGGAUCCAGAAACUUAACAGUUUUGGCUUAGAUGCUACAGGACCAUUUUUUUCUCGUUAUGGAGCAUCUCUUAAGGAGCUUGAUUUUAGCAUCAUGACUUUCCUCUGGAAUGAGAAGUAUGGUCAUAAACUAGGAUCUAUAGAAGGAAAAAAACUCGAUUAUUUCUAUGAACCAACAUCACUGAAGGAAGCACGAUGUUUAAUAUGGCUGCUGGAAGAACACAGAGAGAAGUUUCCAGCCCUACACAAUGCUUUAGAUGAAUUUUUUGAUAUAAUGGAUAGCCGCUGUACUGUGCUGAGGAAACAAGACAGUGGUGACGUGCCUUUUAAUUCUACCAAGAUGAAAAACAAAGGCAAGAAAAAGAAACCAAAAGACUCAAAGCCUAUGUUAGUUGGGUCUGGAACAACAUCAGUAACACCAAAUAAUGAGACUGUUACUUCAAAUGAAGACCAUAACAGGCGCAAUUCAAAUUCUGCAGGCCCAUUUGUAGUACCUGACCAUCUUCGUCAAGAUGUAGAAGAAUUUGAAGCCCUUUAUGAACAACAUACUAAUGAAUAUGUUCUCCGUAAUAAGAAGCUGUGGGAUAUUAACCCAAGACAGAAAUGCUCAACUCUUUAUGAUUACUUCUCACAGUUGCUGGAGGAACAUGGUCCCUUGGAUAUGAGUAAUAAGAUGUUCUCUGAAGAAUAUGAAUUCUUUCCAGAAGAAACUCGACAGAUCCUAGAAAAAGCAGGAGGCUUAAAAUCUUUUCUCCUGGGGUGUCCUCGUUUUGUUGUGAUCGACAACUGUAUUGCGUUGAAGAAAGUCGCAUUGCGACUCAAGAAAAAGAGAAAGAAGAAAAACAUCAAGACAAAAGUAGAAGAAAUUUCAAAAUCUGGAGAAUAUUUGCGAGUUAAACUACCCCUGAAUCCAACAGCUAGGGAAUUUAAACCAGAUGCAAAAGUCAAAUCUGUAUCAGAUUUAUCUUCAGCACCAGCUUCUGAGGAGCCCAAACCUGUAUCUGCUAAUUCUCGCACACCAGCUGAUGAGGCCCUGAAGCCCAAACCUGUAUCUGAUAAUCCUCCCAGAGUAGCUGCUGAGGACGUGAAGCCCAGAGGGACCUCUCCCAGUUCUCCCUCACCAGUUCCUGAGGAUGUGAAACCAACAGCCUAUUGGACUCAGCCUCAUAUAGUCACAGGUUACUGUACUUACCUUCCCUUUCAGGGAUUCGACAUUACCCAGACACCUCCCACGUACAUAAACGUGUUGCCGAGUUUGCCCCAGUACACUAGCAUUUACACGCCUCUGGCCGUUUCUGCGGAAUAUCAGCUGCAAAGAUCACUGCCAGUGGGGCAGUCCUUCACAGCCAGGGAAAGGCCAGAGCUAAGUACUGCUGCAGAUUUUGAGGGUCAGCAUUUGCCUUUUGAGAAGGCCCCUGGUCACCAGCCCUCCUGUGAACCACAGCCCUGUCAGAACGCCUCAGAAAUGCCAGUGGGGUCACAUUGUGGCACAGAGGGCGCUGGCACAGUCCAGAGCACCUCUGUGGGGCAUGAUGAUCAUUGUGGACAUGCUGCUGGCAAAUUAGAAGUAAGCCUGGAAAAGGACAAUGGAGAACCAAAUAGUCCACUCGCAAAGAUGGUUGCCGUACAGGUAUCUUGGAAUAUAAUGCAUCAAGGUGUCAAUACUGAACCAUAUGAUCCUUUUGAGGCACAACAGGGGGGUAUUUCACAGAUUGAAAAGGAGUACCAGGUUUUGCAAGAGCAGUUAAAGGAAGCAUGUGAAAAUUAUGAACAGAGAAAACUCAAGGGCGCAGAAGAAAUCAGGGACCUGGAAGAAAAGUUGGCAAGGAACCUAGAAGAAAACAAGAUUUCAAAGACGGAAUUAAAUUGGUUCUCUCAAGAUUUGGAAAAGGAAAUUAAAAAAUGGCAACAGGAGAAAAAAGAAAUCCAAGAAAAACUGAAGUCUCUGAAGAAGAAAAUGAAAAAGGUUUUAAAUGCCAGUGAAAUGUAUCCCCAGAAAAGUGAUGAACAGGAUGAGGAACAUGAAUUACUUCUGGAUCAGUCUCUUGAAAUCAGUAAUACAUUUACAAAUGAGAAAUUGAAAAUAGAAGGCUCUAUAAAGAAAGGGAAAGAGAAUUAUGAAGAGAGUCUUCAAAGAGCUGUGGCUGCAGAGGUGUCUGUGCUCGAAAACUGGAAGGAGAUGGACUUGUUCAAGUUACAGACGAUGGGCUCACACGCUGGGACGCGCCUUAAGAGCCUGGAGCACCUGAAAAGUGAUUCUGUGGCAUAUCCUGACAUAGAAUCUGACAUACAUUCCUGGGACUCCUUUCUUGCCAGUGUUAGAAAAGAAACUGAGAAAGCAAGGUCUCAAUUUGAAGAGCAGAUUAAGGCAGUUAAAAGUGGUUCUCGACUCAGUGAACUCCCUAAAGUGCAGAUUUCUGAGCUUUCAUUUCCUGCCCGUAGCACAAUUCACCUUCAGUUUGUUCCUGAGUCUCCAGGCCAUGAUGAUCAAGGCUCUUCAACUGCAAGUCAGGAGCCCAGAAACCAGACUACUGUCCUGAAGGAUUCAGAUCUGGUCUCUGCCAGUAAUGGCCCAGGACCACCCUGCGGCCCAGAAGUCACUGGGCUGCCUAAGACAGAGAGCACUGACCAGGCCACUGGGCGAGAAAUGAACCCUGGGGCUGAUCAGAAACUGCCCACUCCUUCAGCUCAUGCUCACUCAAGCCAGUCUCCCAAAAAGCCAUUCAACAGUAUUAUGGAGCACCUGUCAGCGGCCUUCCCCGGUUACAACAGCUCUGAGCUUGCUGGUUUUAUUAAAAAAGUGCGUAACAAAAACAAGAACUCCCUGUCAGGACUGAGCAUCGAUGAAAUUGUCCAAAGGGUGACAGAACAUGUUUCAGAUGAAGAAAAAAGGAAGAUCUCGGGCGCAGGUUCCUGUGAGGUGUGCCACGAGGCGUUCAAGUCCAAAAACAUGCGAGUGCUAAAAUGCGGACACAGGUUUCACAAGGGGUGCUGCAAGCAGUGGCUUAAAGAGCAGAGCACAUGCCCGUCCUGCCCGCGCCGUGGUCUGUCAGAAGAGUGACCUACACCGCCAGGAGCGGCAGGCCUGUGGAGACCAGGACGGCCUUCUGCUGCUCUAGGUAGUCACACCUCACCGAGAAAUGACUUACUGGUGUGUUGAGUUGAAAAAUAACAACAUUCUACCUUUGGUAUAAAAUAAAGACAUUUAAGUUUCUUAGCACUGUCACAGUGCUAAUAAUUGGAAACGUUUAAGGUAAUUGGCAGGAAGUGAUUGCCCCACUGAGCAAACACUCCGAUCACAGCAGAUGGCGGUCAGGAAGUGAGUGAUGUGUAGCCACGUGCACACAGCGUGGAGCUCGCCCAGAGGUGCCCGCCGGGGUGGCAUCGUCUCCGAGAGCCGCAGAGCAGCACUUGACCUGUUCUUCAGGUGCCCCAAAUUAAAAUUUCAUUAGGAGUCAGUAUUCCCGAAAAUGUACCUCUGUUUUUCCUUAAAGAUCUUGAAUUUUAAAAACUGGCUUAAACAAACCACAUUCUAAUUAUCUAACAUUAAAAUAUUGGCUGACUUAGGACAAAAGAUUGAAAUCCUCUUCAUGAAGUACCACAUGAUUUUGAGUCUUCAUUUAAUUAUUUUGGGUUCUGCCCACCCAGUAAGUUAGUAAAGUGUUUAUUUUUCAUCCUUGACAGAGGUGAUCUGAUUUUUGAAAAUUGAUAGAAAACAUUUUGUCUCAACCAAGACUCUCGCCUCUAAAAUCAAAGCUGUGUUUUCAUCACGCCACCCUCACAUUUAGCACUGACUCGACGACUGUGCUCCCUCCUGGCGUUCUCCUUCCUGCAUUCGGCGCUAGCACACACUGGCACUGGGGGCAGCGCCCUCACUGCCUGCCUGUGCACCCCCAGGUGGAGGGCGGUGUCAGACGUGCUGGGUGUCCCUGUCACGGCCAUUCUGCGUCUCGCGUUUGUGUGCAGUGAUGUGUGCUGCUGUGAUCUGUGACUGCAUCAGAAACUCAAAAAUUAGGUGUCCCUCUCAAGUGACUUACAGUCAGUAGUACGUGUAGAGCGUGAAUUCUGCACACAUUCCAUUUCUCUCAAACGGAAAGAAGCAAAACUUUCUUUUUAGCGUGUUUGUCUGUACCUCAGUGUCCCAAGCUCAGGAGCUGAUCGGUCCCUUCCUCUCCCUCGGCGCACCGUGAGUUGUGAUGUCCUCGUGACUUUGUCUGCCGACGCGCCCACCACAUUUUGAAGCGAAUCUCUAGACGGGUUCCUGCCGUCUUGUCUGUGUGUCCCUAGCAACUGAGAACUGUGGGUGUUAAGACUGAGGGGCCCGUCCCCGGCAGUAGGCACCAAGGAAAAGCAGCAGCUGCAAAGUGAGAGAACCGAUGUGUACGUAACUUGUGAACCUGCCUCACCCAUGUCCAGUGAGUUCAAAAUAAAGAGCAUCUAAAGUGA